GGGGGCUGUUGUCUCUAAAGAGCGGAUGAUGCGGCCAUGGAAGCGGAUGAGAGAGAGCUAAGAGAAAGUGAAAAAAUGGGGAAGAAGGGGUUUUGAGGUUAGUUAUUGACAGUUUUGGUUUUAGCAAAAUAACCUGUCCCAAUUCAGCCAAAUUUGGAAAAUGGCCAAAAAAAGGAGGCGAUGGAUGUGGAAGAAACAGAGUGGGGAAAUUGGGAUUGAUAAAAGGGGUUGGGGUUGUGGGAUUUUUGGGCACUGCAUUGGGGUUGAGGAAUUUCUUCUUCUUUUAUACUGGUCAAAGGGGAGCGGGAGGGCUCUCUUUCUGAAUUUUGCCGGUGACCCAACUGGUUUCUCUCGCGCUCCCAUUCUCCUGUUUGUCUCCCUGAAUGCCUUAGCCAGUGUUCAGGAUCAUUCUGGUGACUUAACUGCAAAGGGGCGUGGGAUUAAUAGGUUGUGAUUGAUUCCAGAAAAAUGGGUGGAAGUCGGCAUGCGUUUGUUGUAAAUCAUGCAUGAAGUACAAAGCUGCAUCUGAUAUUUUACAACUUAAUCUGACCUUAAUGGGAAAGGCAGAUCCUUAGGGAAAACCGCGAUUUUUUUUCUUUCAUUGGCAUACAAUUGUCAUUCAGCUGUAUGAAAUUGUACACGAUGGCCGUUGUAGUUGAUCAGCGUCGUGAAUUUAAGGCAUUUUGCCGGUCUCAGAGAUGUAGACUUCAAUCUUAUACCCAUCUUGACUUCAGCAAUUGCGAAAUUGAUCAAAAUAAUUUUGUCAACUCCUUGAGAGAAGCAUUUGAAGUUGCUUGUAUACAUCGAAGCUUUUCAACACCCUGCCUAUCUUUGGUAGAAGAAGUUGACUACAAGCCAAAAAUUAGAAUCAUGGUUGGCCGAGGUACAAGGCUACAUGGUGUCAUAGAAGAGGCUGUAAAUGCUUUGGCAUCCGGUGUUGAUCCAGUACCGGUGUCAAGUGGUCUAGGUGGUGCGUAUAUCUUGCGUAAUGAGGGUGGAGUUAACAUUGCUGUGGUAAAGCCUAUUGAUGAAGAGCCAUUUGCCUGUAAUAAUCCAAAAGGAUUUGUUGGUAGGUUGAUGGGUCAACCUGGUCUGAAACGCUCAGUUCGGAUUGGUGAAACUGGUGUCCGUGAAUUGGCAGCUUAUUUGCUCGACUACGGUGGGGUUGUCGGUGUUCCUCCAACAGCUUUGGUAGAAAUCUCUAAUGUUGGAUUCCAUGUUAAUAAUUCAUACGGGAUUCCAGCUGCACCACGCAAGAUUGCUUCACUCCAGAGUUACGUAGAUCAUGAUUGUGAUGCUGGAGAGCUCGGUCCCUCUAGUUUCUCUGUUGCUGCAGUUCAUCGCAUAGGAAUUUUUGAUAUAAGGCUCUUAAAUAUUGAUAGGCAUGCAGGCAAUUUACUCGUGAAGAAGAAACAAAGGCAUGAAAGUUGUGAUGUUGGGGUGGUCGAGCUUGUGCCAAUUGAUCAUGGACUUUGCCUUCCUGAGUGGCUUGAUGAUCCGUAUUUCGAAUGGCUUCACUGGCCUCAAGCCUCGGUUCCUUUCUCUGAGACUGAACUUGAGUACAUUGCCAAUCUUGAUCCUUUCAAAGAUGCAGAACUCUUGAGAUCUGAGCUUCCUGCUAUAAGGGAGGCCUCCAUUAGAAUCCUCAUCCUGUGCACCAUUUUUCUGAAAAAGGCUGCAGCUAUUGGACUUUGUCUUGCUGACAUUGGCGAAAUGAUGACCCGGGAAUUUGGCAGUGGAGAAGAAAACUUAAGUGCAUUAGAGAACCUUUGUGCUCGAGCUAUGGCCAUUGUACCGAUUAUCAUUUCGGGCGAGCAUGACGGUGAACAAGAAAAAAGUGACCUAGAAAUGUUUAAAUUUGAAAGUGAAAGCAAAUAUGAUGGUCACAACAAAGAGGUUUCUUAUCCUCAACUCCGAGGAACUUCUGAAGUCCCCAAGCCUCCAAAAGCUCCUAAGCUCCAAUGUCUUGAUUAUCCAACUGAAUCAGAGACUACACCAUUAACCAAUAUCGAAACUGAUGAAAACAUACACAAGGAUGACAUCGACUGUAACUACAUUGUUCCAAAAAGUAGUAACCAUGGUAGUUUGAUCAAGAGCAAGAGUUUCUCGGUGCAAAACCUUCAGAUCGAGAGUGAGGCAAUCAUGUUUGGAGAAAUGAGUAGGGACGAGUGGGAGCUGUUCUUGGAUAGUUUUGAGAAGCUUUUACCCGAAGUACUUGACAAGACGAGGUGUGUGGGCUCAAAGCUUCAGAGGAUGGGAACUUCUUGCAAGUUCUGAUUUGUUUCCUCCGGAGGAGAUUGAAUUCGUAGCGAAAUGAGAUGGAAGUGAAAUGCAGUUUGCUCAUCUUUGUAACUAGAGAAGGAACUGUACAUUAUAUUAUUAUGGUAAAAGGAGACCUUUUCAUAGAAUAGAUGACCACGACGAUAAAGAUGAUGGUGAUGAUAACGAUGAUAGGGUCAGAAAAGGAAAAGUGAGUGGUGAGUUAGGCAGCCAUCCUUUCCUUGGUGUAACUUUUCUUUUUUAUUAUAAAUUUUCCUCGUGUUUUCUUUUGCUUGUAACACAAAUCAAAUGCCUGCAUUGAAAAUCUUUUUGUUGCAGGUCGUGAUGUGUUCUUUAGAAAAUAUUCUUCAGCUCUUUCCCUCUUUUGUAAUCCCAUAUUUCAUUUACUUAUAUAAGUAUAUAUGUAUAUGUAUGUGUACAUUUUGUAUUCAGCACACAAACAUUUUGUUGAUGUUCUU